GAGGAUGGCGGCGGAUAGCAGAGCAGGGAGACGGGCGGAGGAAUAACAACAUCAUGAUGAUGAUCUAACCCGGAACCGGUCUUUUUGGCAUUCGACGUCUGAUCUGGAAUAAAACAUGUAGCUCGGGGGAUAUCGAAAUAUUCGGGAGCAACUCAGAUUUUAUAGUUUUUUUUGUUUUGUUUUAUUUUGUUGUUUUUUUUCUCCUCCCCACGUAAAGGAUUAUCCUGGACUCUGUUCAUGUUGAGUUCAUGAGGUGUUUGGCUUAAUCCGUCACUAUGAGCAGCAGCAUAGGAAAAGAUAAGGACCCCAAGGAUAAAGACCCUAAGGGCCCCACUAUGGUCAAGGACCGUGAAAAGGAAGCCAAGGCCUCUGGGGGUCCUGUGAAGGAGAACAAAGACAAGGACCUUAAGACCAAAGUCAAAGAUGCCAAAGAAGGGAAGAAAGACGCAGGUGGGGCGCAGCCUGGCGUGGCUUUUUCCGUGGACAACACGAUAAAGCGCCCCUCGGGCGUGUCUGGCUUGCGUAAAAAGGCCAGCAACGCCGAGGUGAUAAAGGAACUGAACAAAUGCCGGGAAGAGAACUCGACUCGUUUGGACUUGGCCAAGAAGUCCAUUCACCAGCUCCCGGCCUCCAUCAAGGAGCUGACGCAACUGUCGGAACUUUAUUUAUACGGUAACAAGCUGCCCUCGCUGCCAGCGGAGGUGGGCAGCCUGGUGAACUUGGUGACGCUGGCGCUUAGUGAGAACUCUUUAACCAGCCUGCCAGACUCUCUGGAGAACCUGAAGAAGCUGCGGAUGCUGGACCUGCGGCAUAACAAGCUGCGGGAGAUCCCGGCCGUGGUGUACAAGCUGAGCUCCCUCACCACGCUCUUCUUGCGCUUCAAUCGUCUCACUACCGUGGAGAAAGACAUCAAAGCCCUGAGCAAGCUGACCAUGCUGAGCAUCCGGGAGAACAAGAUCAAGCAGCUGCCGGCAGAGAUCGGGGAGCUGUGUAAUCUCAUCACGCUGGACGUAGCCCACAAUCAGCUGGAACACCUUCCGAAAGAGAUCGGCAACUGCACCCAGAUCACCAACCUGGACCUGCAGCACAACGAGCUCCUGGACCUGCCAGAGACAAUAGGAAAUCUCUCCAGCCUGAACCGCCUCGGACUGCGAUACAACCGGCUAUCGGCGAUUCCGCGCUCGUUAGCGAAAUGCAGCGAACUGGACGAGCUGAACCUGGAGAAUAACAAUAUAUCCACUUUACCCGAGGGCCUCCUCUCCAGCCUGGUGAAGGUGACGAGCCUGACCCUGGCCCGGAACUGUUUCCAGUCUUACCCCGUGGGGGGCCCGUCCCAGUUUUCCACUAUUUACUCCCUCAAUAUGGAGCAUAAUCGCAUUAAUAAAAUCCCGUUUGGAAUCUUCUCCAGAGCGAAAGUAUUAAGCAAGCUGAACAUGAAGGACAAUCAGCUGACUUCUCUACCCCUGGACUUUGGGACGUGGACAAGCAUGGUGGAGCUGAACCUGGCUACUAACCAGCUGACCAAGAUCCCAGAGGAUGUGUCCGGCUUGGUCUCUAUUGAGGUCUUAAUCCUAUCAAACAAUCUAUUAAAAAAACUUCCACAUGGGAUCGGGAACCUGCGCAAACUGAGGGAGCUGGAUCUGGAGGAAAACAAACUGGAGUCACUGCCCAAUGAGAUUGCCUAUCUGAAAGACCUGCAGAAACUGGUGCUGACAAACAACCAGCUGACAACUCUGCCGAGAGGCAUUGGCCACCUGACCAACCUGACGCACCUCGGUCUCGGGGAAAACCUCCUGACGCAUCUUCCAGAGGAAAUAGGUACAUUGGAGAACCUAGAGGAGCUGUAUCUGAACGACAACCCCAAUUUGCACGGCCUGCCCUUCGAGCUCGCCCUGUGCAGCAAGUUAUCAAUCAUGAGUAUCGAGAACUGUCCCCUCAGCCACCUCCCGCCGCAGAUCGUGGCCGGGGGCCCGUCCUUUAUCAUCCAGUUCCUGAAAAUGCAAGGUCCUUAUCGUGCCAUGGUCUAAACAUACAAGUCCCAUACACUGUACAAAGCGCAUCCAUGUCGUGUCGAUGUACAUACGUCUAUAUCCCAGGACGAGGCCGGACGAUAUAGAUGUGUAUGUUUAUAGAUAUAUAUAUAUAUGAAAUAUGUAUAUGUAAUGAAAAAGGCAAAUUUAAUAAGACUGCAUUCUGUGUUUUUGCUAAUAGAGGAAUCAUAGCCAUUUAGAUUUUUUUUUUAUUAUUAUUAUUAUUAUGUAAGAAAAUAUCAAUUGCUUGUCUGAAUUUUUUUCCUUUGCUGAAUUUGGUGUAUUUUUUGUACAUAUAUAUAUAGAUAUAUUAAUUUUUUUUUUAAGGUCAUUGUUAUCUGAAUUUCCAGCACAGUUUUUAAGGGUCGCAGAUCUUAUUUUGCAGUGAUUGUCAGGAUUCUGUGUUACUAUUGGAGCUCAGUUUGUCAUGUGUUUAAAAAAAAAUAUUUUUCAGAAAUCGCAACGGCCAAUGAAUUUUGAGUAAAUCUCUUCUUCCCUGUCGGGUCAUCGGCUUAUGAGCCUAGAUCUGCUGUAUGAGUUGUAUCUGCUCUAACUUAUUAUAUAAAUGUCUGUUUUGUUUUUUUUUUUGUUAGUUUUCUUUCCGUUACAUUGUUUAUAGUCUGGGUGAAUCACUGUAUUGUUUGACCACGAUUUGAGCUUUUUUUUUUAAUUGCUUCCUGUGGAGUCGGCUCAGUCUGUGAUUAACUUUUUUUCCUGUUUUAGACUGGACUUGAAGCAGAGGCCCCUCCCCCGCCAUAUCGCCCCUCCUUUCUUUUCUCAGUUUAUGGAAGUGUGCCACAUUUCUGCAAAAUUUUGCCUAACAUAUCAAAUGCCUACACAUCGUUAUAGUUUUAUGAAGACUUUAAGGCCGUAUCCACCUCUGUAGUGUGGUUUUUUUUUGUUUUGUUUUUUUGCCUGCUUAAUCCAAACAGAAAAAUGAAGCAACUUUGCAGUAAUUGUUUUUGAAAAAAUUCCUUUAGUUUUGUCUCUACAGCUCCUAUGCAGAUUGUCUCCAUGGUUACAGACUACAAACAGAUUUUGUGUAGUCUUGCAGCCUCAUACUUUGUACUGAGGAAAGACAGACAGAAAUAUGACAACAGGGAUUGUUUGUAGUCUGUUACCAUGGAGACACAGACAACUUUUUUUUCCACCUUUGCAAUCUAUUUUUUUUUGGUCUAUAGAUCUAAACUGAAAAGUUAGGUAAAUUUGCAGUAGGUGUUUUUGAAAAAAAAAUCUGUCUCUACAGCUCAUAUGCAGGUUUUGUCUCUAUGGUAACAGACUACGAACAGACCCUCUGUCGUGUCGGACUUGCAGUCUCGUGCUUUCUUCCAUAUACCCCUGCUUUGUGCUAGCAUGCCUUUGGUAGGAUAGCCAGACGUAGAGAAGAGAUGGAAGGAAAUAGGACUAUAGGAUCAGACUAUAGAUUGUCUGUUACCAUGGAGACACACAGUCUGCAUAGAAGCUGUAGAAAUGGUAGAAAAUUUUC